GGUACCCUUAAAUGACAUCAUGCUCGGCCAAUCAGCAGCCUCGGGCUGAGCUCCCGCCUCCUCGCCUGCUCAGUAGGAUGAGUGUGUCCCUUCCGCUGAUGGUCUGGGCCGCUGCUGGUACUGAUGCUGCUGAUGCUGUUGGGUUGCCGUAUCCAGGCCAUGCUUGCUCUACAGUAGAUGAUCAUGCCCUGCCGCAAGGACCUGAGCCCCGACGUGUCUGGGUGCAGACUCGCACUGAGCACGUUGACAACAGACAGAGAUGUGUCCUACUGCUGAUAAGAAGAAACAGGAGCAAAGGCCCAUCUGGACCUUGAGAGACGCAGAAAAAUCUCAGAGAUGGCGAAGCGAGACUACCUGGUGGAGGCCGCCAAGCAGAUCCGAAUGGCUCUGGACAGCGAGGUCAACGAAGACUACGAGGCGGCCUUCAGUUACUACAAGAACGGGGUGGACUUACUGCUGAACGGAGUCCAGCUGGAUCCAAACAAAGAUAGGAGAGAAGCUGUGAAGAGGAAGACAACCCAGUAUCUGAAACGAGCCGAAGAAAUCUUUAUAACCCAUCUCCAGGAUAACCUGGGGAAAGGAGGCUCUCAUUUAGGGGGCUACAGCAGUCUGAGAUUUCGCCCGAUCCGACACCUGAGUUCACCAGUGGAGGAUCUGGAAAUGUGUAAAGUGGUGGGAGUCAGUGAUAAGGUCCUGAUUGUCCAAAGCAUGGUCAACAAAGAGACGUUUGUUGUAAAGAGCCUCGUCAAAUCGAGCUGGGAGAGCAGAGACCAAACAACCAUUAUUCCUCAAGGUGUGCCCUACAUGGUGAAACUGCUGCGAUAUUAUGUCAGCGAGGAUGCCGUGUACCUUCAUCUGGAGCACGUCAAAGGUAGACGGCUUUUCUCCAAGUUGCAGAAACUCAGAAAUGAGAAGGCCGGGGAACACCCAGGCCCACGCUUCAGCCAUGGCCAGCAAAACGUCACGCUGAGGACCAGCCACACUUCACCUGCGAUCAGCACAGAGUACCAGCACGGCAGCAGGAGCCCCGCAGCGACUCCACACAGGCUGACCGACGAGAGCCCGGAGGCAGACUUCCCAAACUCGUGGGAUGAGACUCAGCAGCGACUGGAGAGCUGGGGGACGCACUCCUACAUCGAGGAGACCGGUUGCCUCCAGAACACGCGGUCGGCCGCAUCGUUCUACACCAAACUGGAUCAGAUGACUCUGCUCUCCGGCCUGACCAGGACGCAGGUCGGCACCCAGAUCCACCCACCAGCCCCUAGUUUGUGUUUGCAUUCCAGCAAAGCUCAGGAAAAGCCAGCUCUUCCUCUCUCUUGCACCCGCGUCAGCCAAGCCCUCGACGUCAUGUCCGAACUCAACAAGAAGAAAGCCGGGACGGGACUGAUAGAGUGCAGCACGGACUUCGAGGCGGCCUGGGAAGCCGCAGACCCUACGCACAGCUACGUUAAGACAAACCCCUAUGCAGUGACUGGCAAUAAUUUGCAAAGAGCAACACCUCAAACGAGUCAGACCUCAUUGAAAAGCGCAGAACCCCCUCAAAGUCAAGACGACGCUUUGAGCUCCUCCCCUGCCAUUCUUCAUCUCCCUCUCCAUUGCCAAACCCAGAUCCGUGGCAGGGCAUCGUGGGAUACCAAUGGCUCUCACCAGGGAUCCUUCCUCGGCGGAAGUUCUGAAGAGAUACCCGCGGCGCCGAGAGAGGAAAGCAGCCCCGUUGUAGAAGAGAGAAACGGGAUGAUAGUCAUCAGGAGCACAGACAGAGCAGUGUUUUCUGACCACACGGACACAAACGUCGUCUCGGAAAGUUCCCGGGAUUUUCCUGCUUCCCUUUUCCACGGAGGCGCGAAGACACCGGGGACGCUGUCAGAGGCGUGCCAUCACAGAGAACGCUGUGCGAAAGGCGAAAAACAGGCCGUGGAGGUGGCCUGUGAGGCGCGGAGUCCUGGAGGGAAGGCUUCGAAAGGGGGAUCAUAUGUAGGCUGGUUCUCUCCCGACCCGCUUGGAGCCGCGUCCCACGGCGACAGGAAGAACGAGGAGGGGCCGGAGAGGCGGGGACAGGACCAGAUCAUCGAGGUGGACGGCUGGUGCCACCUGCCGCGCGUUCCUGCCAUGACCUCCGGCGGCUCUGCCGACAAGGCCCCGCAGGGCUGCUGGGGGCUUCCAGAAGCGGAGGUGCGUGUGUGGGGUGCGCAGAUUCUGUUGGCUCUGGAGAGCCUGCAUGAGCAAGGCAUCUUGUGUCGGGAUCUCAACCCGAGGAACAUUCUGCUCACCAGCAACGGAAAGGUGUGUUUGACGUUUUUCAGCCAGUGGAGUGAGGUUCAGUCAGAGAUUAGCUCCAAAGCCAUGGAACAGAUGUACUGUGCUCCAGAAAUCGGAGGUGUGUCGAGGAUUACGGAAGCUUGUGAUUGGUGGAGUCUCGGGGCUUUGCUCUUUGAACUUCUAACAGGAAUGCCCCUUUGGCAGCUCCAUCCUGCAGGAAUCCAUUCCCACACCCAGCUGCUCAUCCCCGACCACCUAAGUGCUGCAGCUGCUUCCCUGCUCACUGAGUUGCUUCAGUUUGAUGCUGGUUAUCGCUUGGGUUCUGGAGGCGGAGGAGUCAGCGACAUCAAAUGUCACCCCUUCUUCAGCAGCGUCUCCUGGAAGGCUCUGUCCUGCUAGCAGACCUCCUAUCAGUUCUGUCCCACACUGGACUUAAAAAAAA